AUGCAUCAGACCCCUCGCGCCCCGCCUCGCACAGCCUCGCCCGCCUUAUCCUCUCAGACGAACCCCGCAAGAACCAACAACCAGAGAGAUCCAGGAAGUCCUACCAAUCGCCCAUCAUCGAGACCAGGUUCUAGGGCCCAGGAAGGAGCGGUGGCAGGGACAGGCGGCAGCAACCGUGGUGAUGGAGCCGGUCCUACUCGAGAAUCCGUCAAGAAAUUGGAUCAGAUCAUUCAGAAUAUCUACUCCAAGGCUGGUACCGUCAUCUUACAAGCACGUAUACAGGUAACUCCGGUUCUAGUAGGUAGGUCGUUUGAAAAGAGAACAAGUCGAUGGUUCCAACUUGAUACGGACGAUAUCGACGAUUUCCGAGAUGAAUUUCGCAUAUGGAAACAAUGCGGCGGGUUCGAAAACCGGCCUCCUCCCUUAAUUAUCGAGACCUACCUCGAUGCGUCUUGGUUGAAGGGUGGUCAGAGUUUGGUAAUUCUAGACGAAGAUGGUAAACGGUGGGAUGUUGUCGAAGCCCUCAAUUCUUCCGACCAGUCUAGCGAUAGCAGCUCAGGUCGUCAAGGCGAGCCGAUCACGCAGCUUGUAUUGGAACGGUGGCGUGUUGAGCUGAAGGGACCGAAGCCUGAUAUAUCAGACGACUUUGGUUCUCUGCUUCCAACGGUAUAUAAGAAGGCCAUCGUCUUAAUGCGAUCAAUAUAUGCGACGACAGGUAUCUUACCCGCUUGGAAGCUCGCUAGGAAUUCCAAGACCAAAGGUAGCCAUCCCGCAUUGUCAACCCGCUGCCGAGUAUUUUCGGGGGAACCGCCAGCGUAUGGGUCUGACACCUUGAGAAUGCCGCUAUAUGCCGGAACAGGGGAUGUCUCUACGGAUUUCAUAUUUGGUGACCUCGAAGUCCCUGUAGGACGUUUCUACGUUUCUGCCUCUUAUCGCAACAACUGCAAUUUCCAAGUUGUCGAAACCGAGUCUCUAUUAAGUUCCCGUAUUGGCAUGGCCAUUUCUGAUGACAUGUUCAGGCCAUCGCUGCCUCAUCGUGGUUAUGGACGCCACGAAUCAGACGCCCCGGAAGUUGGGUCGCUCCCGUACCACCGCCACGCACAAGACGUUACCGAGAACCAGCAACGAUACGGUAGCCUAUCUACGUUUCAUGGCGAAGGGCCUGUUGGCACCAGUCCUAUUUCCGCGUUGAGGGCCGUUAAAGCCCCAGGGUCGGAUACAAGUUCGCCGCCCGAGUCUGGACCUGCUAGUGUUGAAGCUGCUCCGCACACUCUCCCUAUCGCCGGUCCUGCUCGGCAGCCAUCCCUUAGAGGGCUGGACCGACCGAGACGCCCGUCCAUCUCCUUUCAGUCUCCUUUCAAACACGGUUCUCUUUCGAGCUCUCCUGUAACUCGAUUGCAGGACCAAGAUAUUCCGCCGUCGCCGUAUUCCCUUAGUAGAGCUUCGGGUUUAAGUGCACAUAUAAGGAAUCGUUCUUCGUUAACCGCCGGAAUGCCAGCUUCGUUGCGGGAGAGACCUCCACCAACUGUAGCAGAUAAUUCCGUCGCCAGCUCGCCAAGACCAUCCGUCUCAAAUCGAUUUAGCAGCAGCUUCACACAUCGCCGUAGCCGACCAUCGAUAGGCGGUACCAAUAGAGGCGAUGACGACCAAAAUAGCAGCGGCAAGCAAAGCGUCUCAUCUUCCAUUGUUCAACCGGGUUCUGGUUUAUUGAACGAACUUGGUGCGGGCGGUAGUUCUGGGUCCUUCCAAACUGAUGAUGAUAACAUCCAGGAUUUCUUGAAGCUGAUUGAAAGCAAGAGGACGCUGCAAAGUUUCGAUCCUACCAAAAAGGGAGAGUCGGCGACGAAGAGAACGACAGCUCAACUAUCGAGAUUCCAACUCAUGCGUGAGUCGAAUAACGCCCUCACCGAAUCCAUGAACUCGUCUAUGCAAUUACAGCGUUCGUCCAGCUCGUCGAGUCGGCAGUUGGCCAACGUUCCAGGCAUGUCAACAUCAUCAUCACCAGUAAAACCAUUAUCACCCCAUACACCCCACACACCAGCCAUUCCAUCGCGGCUGAGCGAGAAUUCGAGUAUCGACUACGCACCCACUGCAAGAGUUACAUCCCGGUCACGUAAUGUUGAGGAUCUCGUAGAGGAGCCGGUUGGUAUAUCAACCACCCAUGAGGGAACCACCGCGAUAGACAUCCCUACUUCCCCACGGCCUUAUCCUCAUGGAAGACGAUCAAGUUCUGUGGCCCAUCAAAAUCGCGCGUUGGUAGAUGACGACGAUGUCGAUGCGCAUCGUAGCAUAAGUCUCGGUGCAGAAGACCGCGAGCCACCCAGCCUUAGCGUUCUGCUGGGACGUAAUACAGAAGCCGACAACGUAGUGGAUACGCCGGGGUUACAAUCUCCUGCGGACAUUAGGACAACGAGUUCACCGGAUAUUCUCGAACAGGAAUCAGAAUCCGUUGAACGAGAAGUCCGUCCUCCUGGCGGCCUUUACACUGGAUACUCCAAUUCACCUUAUACCAGACGUUACGGUAAUAGUAUUGGGCGGGGGAUAACACCUCCCCAUUCUGGAAGCGGCAGUCUAGCAGGAUCCAGUGGAAGAAUCGGCCGAGGUUAUUCGCGCGGCGGUGCUACCGGCCUAGGCGUGGCAGGUGCCGUCGCGGACGAGACCGACGACGAGCCACUUCUUUUUGACAUGUCGGAGAUCACCCGCGAACAAUCACGCCGCAGCCUUGAGGAGGGUAGGGGCGGCGGCAGCGUGGGUUCUACUAGCGAUAGAGGAGGAUUUGAAACAAGCCAUAGGAGUCGCCGUUGGUAA